CAUCCCUCCUUUGAUCAAUACACAUAGCUUUCUCUCUCUCAGUUAUCAUGGCUAAGAUACUAUCCUUAGCCAGUAAACAUGGUUUCAUGACAUCAACAAUGCUCCUCUUCAGCCUUCUAAUGGCCGUCCUCUCUACCACAA